AUGCGCGAACCGACGACGACGACGACGACGCCGGACGCGACGUCGGAGGUGAUUCGCGUCGAGACGCGCGCGGAGGGCGAAUACGAGCUGCGGCAGACGACGACGCCGAAGAGAUUCGCGGUGGCGGACGGCGAGCUUCUGAACGUGGCGACGGCGGCGGCGCCGAUCGCGCUGCGAUGGACGAGCGGAUUGAUGUGUCACGGGUACGAGGCGAAGGUCGUGGACGGCGAGGUCGGCGAGGGCGAGUACGCGGUGUGGUCGGGGAGCGGGAAGGCGGUGCGGGAGACGUCGGACGUCGCGAAGUUCCCUCGCCCGGAGAAGCCGCUGAAGAUGUACCAGUUUCAGGGAUGUCCGUUUUGUAAGAAGGUUCGCGAGGCGGUGAUUUCGUUGGAUUUGGACGUGAUUUACUACCCGUGCCCGAGAGACGGGCCGGAAUAUCGCGAAUUCGUGCGCGCCGAGGGCGGACGCGCGCAGUUUCCGUAUCUCGUCGACGACAACACCGGGACGAAAAUGUACGAAAGCGACGACAUCAUCGCGUACAUGUACGAAAAAUACGGACCGGGCAAGGCAAACAUCGGUCCGGCGUUGACGAGCGGAACGCUGACCUCCGUCACGGCGGGUUUGGCGCUGUUGCCGAGACUCGGGAAAGGGUCGGCGUACGCGCCGUCGAAGAAGCCGGAAAACAUGCAACCGAUCGUGUUUUACGGCUACGAGGGUAGUCCGUUUUGCGUUUUAGUGGCGGAAAAGUUGUGCGAGUUGGAGCUGCCUUACCUGCAGCGGUCGUGCGGACGAGGCUCGCCCAAGCGUCAAGAGUUGUUCGACAAGCGCGGCACGUUUCAAGUGCCGUACAUCGAGGACCCCAACACCGGCAUCGCCAUGUUCGAAUCGAAGGACAUCGUCAACUACUUACAAGAGCAGUACGCGGCGUAACGACUU